AUGGAAGACUUUGAAGGUAAUGAAUCACCUAUAAAAAAAGAAAAUAAAUUAGUUGAUAAUGAAGCUUCAACUUCUGCCACUAAAAAUGAAAUUGUACCUGCAAUUGAAAAUGAAAAAUAUAAAGAAAUAGAAAUGAAUGAAAUUAAAGACAAUAAAAAUAUUAAAAGAUUGACUCCUGAAAUAUUCAAAGAAGAAAAUUAUAAAAAUAUAAAAAAGAGAAAAUACAAUGAAAGUAAUGAAAACAAAAAUAAUGGAAAAAUUAAGAAAGAGCUUAAAAGAAAAAGAACAAAUAGCUUUAAAAAUUUUAUUAAAUUUAUUAAAUUGGAAAAAAAUAAAAGUAAAUCUAAAGUGCCCGUUUAG